GCAGAUCUUAGCCUACAAUGAGCUACUAGAAGGGGAAGGAUUUAAUUGUUUGCCAGCUGGUUGACAAUAGGAAGCUUGGGGAGAUCUCUGAUGACACCUUAUCAAAAAAAUGCUGUGCAUCUGAGAGGGAAGCAGGACUUGGUUAAAGUUUAGAGUUUCGUAGAAGCCACUUGUGGGCCAUGAGGGCAGGGGAUGUGUGUUCACUCAUGUCUUUGUUGGAGAAAACUGAAAAAAAAAGACCUGAGGUGUGAAUUGAAAAUAAAAUUAUUGGACACUUUUUUUUUUUUUUGUGUCUGACCGCAGCAAUUCAUAUUAGCUGUGGUUUCCACAGACAUUUGACUUUAGAUGCCAGUUUUAAGUAGCAGAUUACACUGGAGUUACAUGCUUGUCCUGCUGCAAAGAACUGCAAGUUACUGCUCUUAAAAGAUGCCUCAGCUAUAUAAGAACAGUUCAGAGAAGGAGACCUGUAAAUCCCUGUGAUUGUUUCUCUUGUAAGCAUUUGGAAAGAUGAAGAAGAGUAGCUUGAUCUAGUUUGGUUUUUAAAAUGUGCAGUAUAGCUUAAAUCGCUUUUUUUUGUUUGUUUUUUUUUUUAACUAUGCUGGUAAAAGAAUAUAACACUUAUGCAAGAGUUACUCCAUUAGGAUAGUUCUGGUUCCAGGAAAAGUUCUAGUCAAAAGCUGAAAACUGAGCAGCUGUUUGUGAAAGCCAAGAGUCUCUGCACUUGAAAUAUUCAAUGUCUGGGGCUAAAUUACCAAAUCCAUGUUUUCCCUUCCCAAGAUGACUAAUGCUUCUUCUGAUUUUUUUUUUUUUCUUAAGGAGUAAUGCAGGGUCCAGAGGGCAGUGCAGCUUGAACAGUCUUACUACACCAAUGGAAAAAACUUCUGGUUUGCAGCAAAAUAUGACAUCUGUAUUUUUGCUCAUUGGUCAUCUCAUUGUACUGAUACCUCUCUUCAGAGCUGAAGGGUGUGUUAUUUGUGAUUACUUUGUGCUUGUUGGAGAGCCUGCAGCUAUUACUUGCCCAAUAAUUACAUUGCCAAUGCUUCACUCUGAUUACAAUUUGACAUGGUAUAAAAAUGGUAGUGCUACACCAGUGACCACAGAGACAGAUGCCAGGAUCCACCAGCGAGAGGGCUUGCUUUGGUUUAUUCCUGCAAUGCUGGAAGAUUCUGGACUUUAUGAAUGCAAUGUAAGGAGCCUUAACCACUCUAACAAAAAAACUAUAAACUUAACAGUUUUUAAGAAUGAUAAUGGUUUGUGUUUUAAUGGAAAAAUGAAGUUUGAACAAAAAGUGAUGAGCACGAAUACUGGAAAGAUUAUAUGUCCUGAUCUAGAGCAAUUUAAAGAUGAAGACAAUAAUCAGCCUGAAGUACAAUGGUAUAAGGAGUGUAAACCUGGAUUUCUUGAAGACAAGCGACUUCUUUUGGCAGAGGGUGAAAAUGCUGUCUUGAUUCGUAAUGUCACGGUGCAAGACCGAGGAAACUAUACUUGCCAUAUGGUAUACACAUAUAUGGGAAAACAAUAUAAUGUUUCAAGAACCAUAAGUCUAGAGGUUAAAGAAAAACCACUGCAGAUGAAACCGGAGUUUAUUUAUCCAAGGAACAAUACAAUUGAAGUUGAACUUGGUUCUCAUGUAGUUAUGGAAUGUAACAUAUCAAGUGGCAUAAAUGGCUUGAUUCCAUUCUGGCAGGUUAAUGAUGAGGAUGUUGAUAUCUUUGAUAAAACCUACAGGGAACAGUUUUAUGAAGAGGGGUUGCCUCAUGGUCUUGCUGUAUCUGGAACAAAAUUUAACAUUUCAAAUGUGAAAGUAAAGGACUAUGCUCAUAAAUUCUUUUGCCACUUCAUAUAUGGUUCUCAACAAUUUACAGCCUACAUCAAAUUGGAAUACCCAGCUCGAAACAUUCAGGGAUACUUAAUUGGAGGAGGAGUUUCCUUGGUAUUUUUAGUACUUUUUACUCUCUUUAUCUACAAGAUAUUCAAGAUUGAUAUCGUACUUUGGUAUCGGGACUCCUGCCAUCCUUUCUUGGGGAAAAAGGUUUCAGAUGAGAAGAUCUAUGAUGCUUAUGUUCUGUAUCCAAAGAACAGAGAAAGCUGCUCGUAUUCAUCAGAUAUUUUUGCUCUGAAGUUACUGCCAGAGGUCUUAGAAAGACAGUGUGGCUAUAACCUCUUCAUACUUGGGAGAGAUGAUUUACCAGGAGAAGCUGUGAUCAGUGUUGCUGAUGAAAAAAUCCGUCAAAGUAGGAGAGUGAUAAUUGUUUUAGUACCAGAGCCCUCCUGUUACAGCAUUCUGGAAGAUGAGUCUGAAAAGCAGCUAGCCAUGCACAGUGCUCUUAUCCAAGAUGGCAUUAAAGUAAUUCUCAUUGAACUUGAAAAAAUACAAGAUUAUGCAACCAUGCCAGAAUCCAUCAGAUAUAUUAAGCAAAAGCAUGGGGCUAUCCGAUGGAAAGGGGACUUCUCAGAAAGGUCCCACUCAGCAAGUACCAGAUUUUGGAAGAAGGUGCGCUACCAGAUGCCAUCCAGAAAAAGUGGCUCUUUAUCAGGUUUGCAUUUGUUACCAAAAGACUUGAAUUUGCCUUAA